AAUUCAGAAUUUGUUUUUAUCUCACUCUUUAUUAAAUUUUUGUAAUUUUAACCAAUUUCUAAGUAAUAAAAUGCCAUCAAAAAAGCGAAAAUACAACGCUAGGUUUCCAGCAGGUCGCAUAAAACGAAUUAUGCAAGCAGAUGAAGAGGUCGGAAAGAUCGCUCAUGCAGUUCCUGUUAUUAUUUCACGCACGUUGGAAUUGUUUGUAGAAAGUCUAUUGACAAAAAGUUCCCAAAUAACACUUGCGCGAAACUCCAAAACGCUUAGUCCAAGUCAUCUAAAACAGUGUAUAAUGUCUGAAUCACGUUUUGAUUUCCUCAAGGAUCUCGUCAAAAAUGUCCCCGAUAUAUCGAGCGAAGAGGGUAGUGGAUUUGUGAACGAGGAACAUCCACAACCAAAUCAAGAACAAAUAUCAGUGCCAGCUACAUAUAAUGGCAACGAGUCAAAUGGAUCAUCGAGUUCCGUACAGCCAAGAAUUUAUCAACGGAGUCAGUCGUUUCAGCCAUCGACAAGUACGCAACAACAACAGCAGCAGCAGCAGCAGAUACCACAAUAUCAUAAUACAACAACAAUACAGCAGAAACAAUUUUAUCUUAAUAAUUAUACAUCUAUUAGUAAACAGAAUACCAAACAACCAAAUCCAAAUAUUCCUCAGCUUAAUGAAUAUCGUCCCUCGCCAGCUAAAAUUUCACGAUUUAAUUCAAUACCCUCCUCAACAAUUACCUCAGAGCAGCAGCAUCAACCAUCAUCACUACUACCACCACCACAAACUAAGCAAUCCAGCCUAGCACCAUUAGAAUUUCCAAUUCAAAUUACAUAUAAUAUUGAUGGUAAAGCUACAGCAACUGAUUCACCAACUGUGAAAAUUGACUAUAGCAAGUUAUCGUUGCCUGCAACAAGCCCGUCUAUUAAAAUAGAUUUGAGUAACUUCAGUUCACCAAUGACAACUACAUCAACUAUUCAGCAGCCAUCGAAUGCAUCUGCUUCCGCGACUUCUUUAGAUGAGGAUUAUGAUGCUUAAGUUUAAGUAAGAGAGGA